UGGGAUAACAUGAACCAAUCGCUGGUGGGUGCUUCUCCGCGCGCCGGUCGAUCUCAAAUUGUUGGUGUAGCAAUCCGCUUAUUGCGACUCAAACUCCAACGCCCACACCCGAAUGUUUUUGACGGCUUAUCCGACUUCAACCUCCUCAAACUCCAAAUCCAAGAUCAACAAUCCAAAGAACUCUUUGGCCGAUUUCAAAGCAGAAUUCAUAAUUCGAGUAUAAAGCCCACAUCCUGUCCUUUGUCCUCAAAAUUGCAUUCAAAUUCACCCAUCUCUCUCUGCCAGACACAAUUCCACUCUACAACCAACACACCCCAAAUCCAAACCUCAAAAUGGCCCCCUCCAUGAUCUCCCUUCCACCAGCAGCCUGCUGCGCCAAAGGAACUCUACAUGAAGGAACUACGACGGGAACGAUGGAGAAGAUUGGUGAUAUUGACGUCUACUUCGCACGUCCCGCCAGCAACUCAACCGAAAAAGCGGUCAUCAUCUUUGGCGACAUCUUCGGCAUCUACCAGAACGCCAAGCUGGUUGCCGACAACUUCGCCGCGCGCGGAUUGCUCACGAUCGUCCCGGAUCUGCUGGAUGGCGAUACCUUGUCCACUGACGAUUUCGAUAGCAAGAAUGUGGAUAUCCCUGCUUGGGUCCAGAGACACCCACCGGAUCUCGUGGAUCCUAUCGUCGCGAAGGUCAUUGCUCACCUGCGCGAGACUUUGAAGGUCGAGAGGAUCGCUGGAGUUGGGUACUGCUUCGGCGCUAAGUACGUGGUCCGUAACCUCAAGGGCGAGGGACUUCUGGACUCGGGAUACCUAGCUCAUCCGUCCUUUAUUACGACCGACGAGUUCUGGGCUAUCACAAAGCCUGUGUCGAUCGCUGCAUCUGAAAUCGACAGCAUCUUCACCCAGAAGAACCGCUAUGACGCGGAGAAGAUCCUGAUUGACCUGAAGAUCCCAUUCCAGAUCAACGUCUAUGGAGGCGUCGACCAUGGCUUUGCGCUCAGGACCGAUAUGAGCGUGAAGAAGAACUUGUACGCCAUGGAAGAUGCGUUCAAGCAGGCUGUUGCCUGGUUUGAGAACUGGUUGUGAUGGUAGGGAGGGUGAGAUUGUCUCCAGAGGAGCGAUCUGAGAUAUGAGCUUUGCUUUGUGGGGGUUUCGACGGAAGGAGCUUUGUUUGCUGCUAGGGAUUCGAUCGAUUGGUGGGUUAUGACACGGCGUUGGGAGGAAAGCGCUACUUGCUACUUGCUACACAUAGGAAUGAAUUAUGAUGACUCCCUGUCAAGACUCCUUCCCUUUUCAGACUCCCUUUAGCAACUCGCAUCCUACCGCAAGGGGAUGAUCUAUUUCAAUCUUCCAACAUCAGC